AUGAAUAUUCUGGUUCCUGAUAAUGCCAGCAAAGUGACAGAGUUCAUCCUGGUGGGUUUGUCCCAUCAUCCAAAAGCCCAGAUUGCCUUUUAUCGCACCAUGAGUAGAUGGGAAGCUUCACACUCCAAUGUAUUUUUCCUUCAAAACCUGUCCUUCCUUGAUAUCUGCUACUCUAGCAAGUCAGUGCCCUUUUUGUUACUCAAUGGGUUAAGAGACUACCCUACCAUUUCCUAUAUUAGCUGUUAUGCUCAGAUGACUAUUGCUCUUUUUCUGGAGAUGACAGAGUACUUCCUUCAUGUUGUCAUGGCUUAUGAUAGAUUUAUUGCAAUCUCCAAUCCCCUUCAUUACCCCAUAAUUAUGAAGAACCAGGUUUUCCUACACUUGGCCAUGGUGAACUGGGCUAGUGCCUUCCUUUUAGCAAUAAUACCAAUCAUUGCAAUUCCUGCCCAUUUUUGUGGGGACAAUGUCAUCAACCAUUUUACCUGUGAGGUACAGUCCCUGUUGAAGCUCAUCUGCUCAGAAAUCCCAGUCAGACUUCUGGGUUUGGUCAUCAGUAUAUUCACAUUGGCCCUACCCUUCACCUUCAUCUUCAUCUCCUAUACUCACAUUGUGGUUGCCAUGCUGAGGAUCCACUCUGCAGAAGUCAGGCGCAAAGCUUUCUCCAUUUGUGGAUCCCAUCUGACUGUGAUCACCAUAUUUUGUGGGACAGCCAUCCACAUGUACCUGAAACCUUACUCAAAAGCAUAUCAAGACCAGGGUAAAGUUAUCUCUGCAUAUUAUGGUGUUGUAACCCCUAGGUUGAACCCUCUCAUUUACACCUUGAGAAAGAAGGAUGUGAAAGAUGUCCUAAGAAAAAUAAUUAGGAAGAAAGAGUCCUAG